UCAGUUCCAUUCCAAUCAUCCCUGUUGGCAAAUUCAAAUAAUUUGCAAUUUGUAUUCAAUUUUUGCCGGCGUUUUUUGUUUAUAAUAAUAAUUUAAUAUUUCAAGAAAACAAAACUUCAAAAUGCAUUUUGAGGAAUUAGAAGCAUUAGAUCCUCGAAAUCCCACAUUAUCGCGUAUAGAAACUCCAACACCACACAAAGUGGCAGUGUUAAUAUUGGUGCAACAAUACAUCAAGGCUAAAAAGGCGGCCAAUGAUGCUGGCAUACCUUAUCCCGCCCAAUCGCGACGGAAUUUCUGCAUGCUUCUCUUGAAAUUGAUACAAUAUCCGGAUAUGACCUACAAUGAUUUGUACCAAUUGUUGUGCUCCACCAAAUACAAAAUAGAUCCUUUACAUUUGGAAGGUUUUGAAAAGGUUAUGUCUGAUUUGUUUUCAUUGGGCAUUGAGACAUUAUUUGAUUUUGCUGAAAUGGAGAAUAUUGAAAAAAUGUUAGCCGAACAAUUGGGGGUGAGCCAGUUUAGCUUGGUGGGAUUGUAUAUAAGACGUGUUGGAGUUAUUCUGGAACGUCUGUCAUUUCCUCAGAUGAUGGCUUUGCAUAAAAAUAUCUGUUUGUAUUAUGAAAAGGGCAUUCGUUCCCUUACUAUUGGUCCCCGCAAAUUGAUGCGCGGAAAUAUGCUUGAUAGUCACACGGCCACCAAUGAUACCGAUGAUGACAAUACCAUGGAAGAAUCUGUGCUCGAUACCGAAACGGUGCAUCAAGAUCGCAAUCCUCACAGUAAAUGGUCUCCCAAACAGGCUCAACUGUUUGUCACACAACAAUGUAAUUUGCUGGAAAAAAAUGAGUUGCGAGCAUUGCCACCGUUGGAAAUGCAAACCAAACUAAACGAAAUAAUACAAGAUAAUCCGCUCAAUGCCAAAUCCUACUUUCUGGGCUAUAUGAAUCAACUGCGUUUGCGUGAUGUCUUCGGUUCGAUAGAUGCUCUACAUCGUUCUUUUGAUCGCAGUCCCAUGCAUAUGAUGGGUCAAUAUGAACAGAAGGGAUUUCAAUAUUUCAGUGUUAAUUUAGCCAUUCUGCAUGCAAGUUUUAAUCAUAAGAAAGAAGCUUUAAGUGCUUUAAGGGAAUGUAUCAUGUUGGCUCAGGAAUGUGGGGAUAAACGUUGCCUAGAUUUGGCCAAUUCUUGGUAUUGUCUUUUGAACAGCAGUCGCAUAGGACCCUUUGAAAAAAGCUUACCCGAUAUACAAGAUCCUGGUCUUAUACAGAGUUUGUCAUUGGCUAUUGAAUUUGUGGUGGCUUUUGGUGCCAAAUGUGGUUAUUUACCUUUGGAUUUGUUCGAAUUACUAUUGAAAAGUGAUGAACUAAAUAACAAGAACUCUCUGCUGGAGCAUAUAUCCGAUUCUCUGGCUUUACGAACUACUUUGUGGGUUUUAUAUGGUCGUUAUGAAAUGUCGGCUUUGUAUUCACAACUAUUACUGAAUUUAAAAAAGACUUGGGUUUUUGGUGAUGUCAGCAAUUCGGAGAGUGUGAGCAAGGUGCUAUCGAAUCUUGCUCUUUGGUUUAAUACACAAGGUGAAUACCAGCUAAGUGCUGUUUUAAUACAUCAUGCACGCACCAGAUUUCCUCGUCAUCCUUUUGCAGGCGAUUGGAUGACUAGCGAGUGUCAUAUUUCCAUACAGCAGGCCAUGUAUCGGGGUCGUUGGCAGGAGGCUUUACGCUGGUGCUGUCAACUGUAUUUGCUGGAUAAACAUGAUGGCAACAUACAAAGAGCUUCUGUUUAUAUAGCUAAAGGUUAUAACAAUACUGCUCGAGGAAUUUUACAACAUUUGCUGGGCAAUAAGGAGUUGGAUGUUUUAAGGCAAAUACGCGUCUUAAUACUAUUAGCCUACAAUAGUUUGUCUGAAAAUAAUGUUUCCGCCGAAACUAUAGAACUUUUAAUGCAGGCCUCUGUACUCUCCGAAUCUGCCUAUAUGCAAUAUGAACAUGCUCUCAUCGAUACUAUUAUUGCACAAGUACUAUUGCAAAUGGGUUUGCCGCAAAAAGCAUUACAAGCUCUACGUAAUUCCAUGGAUAAAAUUUACAUUAAUGGUGGUAUUUACGAUCGUGCUAAAACUGAUUUUACAUUUGUACGUUGUCUCGUAGCAGCCGGUAGGGAUCGUGAACAGCAGCACAAACGUUUAGUUAAAUCUCUGGGUAUUUUGGAGAGAGCUGUAGAACUAUUUCGUAAAUUGGAAGCUCAUGCCAAAGUUCUGGAUGUGUACGCUUAUAUUUCGAAAACAUUUAACAACUUUGGCUUUGUGGCAGAACGUAAUAAGUAUGCUUGCAAGUUUAAACAAUACUAUACGGAAAAUCCGGUAUGUCGUGAGUAUUUAGGUUUGGCUUUUUAAUUUAUAGUUUUAAGUUAAGGUUUUCUUUUUGGGUAUUUUAUAUUUAUAAUAAAAGAAACUAUUAUAUAUUUAUUACAAAAAAAGAAAGAUAUUUUGAAUAUCAAGAGACUUGAAAUAAGGGGUCUAAUCACUUAUAAGAUACAAAAUUGUUCUAUAAACCUAUUGUUCUAUAAACCUUUAUCCUACGAAUUUAUGAGUGUGUUAUUUUCUGUAUUUACUGUAUACAAAUAUUUGCAAAAUUAAUCUCAUUAGUAAAGAGUUACUAGCGUUAUUAUCAACUUUAAAGAAUCUAAAAAGCAACAGAUAAUGUAAAAUGUGUACAAUUAUUAAAAAUAUUAUAUUUACCUUUCCACAUCUUACCAGUUCAAACAACUUCUAACCGCUCCGUCAUUAAGUUUGUUAAAUUUCAGUCCAAACAGAAAUUAGCAGUGACGAUUGUACUACUAGUUAAAUUAACUAGCUAAUCUUAACAAAAAUAUUUGGUUAUCUUGAGAAAAAAAUGGAUUUUAAUUUACAACCUACAACAAAAGUCAUCAAUCAUAAUCAAAUAAAAAUAUAAACAAUAAAUUUGUCUACUUUUUGACCAAAUUGCCACUAAACUUCUCUAUAUAGUCCAUACCCUUAAAGGCAAUGGUCAUCAACUGUUAAAGUAAUAUUUAAAACAAACAGGUGUCUUUCUUUUCUACAACUAUCUUUUAAGUGUUAUAAAUAAAAUUUCAAAC